CUGUCUGAUCCUUUCAAACCAUGAUGACGACAACAACCAAUACAAUCGCUAUGCUUCAAAACCUCGUCUUCUCCGUUCCCAUCUCACGCAUGGUCGUGCGCCGUUACUCCCUCUCCACCGCCGCCGCCGCCGCAACAAUCUCCACCGCAACAACCGCCGUACCAUCUCUAAAACCGGCCUCUUCAAAACCGGUGCGUACUCCACACGUGGACUCGCAAGUCCUCCUCGGAAUGUCGGAGCCAGAGCUUCAACAACUCGCUAUCAAACUCGGUCAAGAGGGAUACAGAGGGAAGCAGCUCCAUCAUCUUAUCUACAAGAGGAAGGCUAAACAAGUUGAAGACUUUAGCAAUUUGCCACAAACGUUUCGAAACGAGCUUGUGGAAAGUGGGUAUAAGGUGGGAAGAUCACCCAUUUAUCAAACUGUCACUGCCACUGAUGGUACCAUUAAGCUGCUGUUGAAGCUUGAAGAUAACUUGUUGAUUGAAACGGUUGGUAUACCGGUCCAGGAAGAGAAGGGUAUAACGCGCCUCACUGCUUGUGUCUCUUCCCAGGUUGGAUGUCCACUGCGUUGCUCAUUUUGUGCUACGGGGAAAGGAGGGUUUUCAAGAAAUCUUCAGAGACAUGAAAUUAUUGAGCAGGUGUUGGCUAUUGAGGAUGUGUUCAAGCACAGAGUGACAAAUGUGGUUUUCAUGGGAAUGGGUGAGCCCAUGUUGAACCUAAAGUCAGUACUUGAUGCUCAUCGUUGUUUAAACAAGGACAUUGAAAUCGGACAACGAAUGAUUACAAUAUCAACAGUUGGUGUUCCGAACACAAUCAAGAAGCUUGCCUCUCAUAAGCUUCAGUCUACUUUAGCUGUCAGCUUACAUGCUCCAAACCAGAGUCUACGGGAGAAGAUUGUACCAAGUGCCAAGGCUUAUCCGCUUGAAGCAAUUAUGAAAGAUUGUCGUGAUUACUUCCAAGAAACAAAUAGACGAGUCUCCUUCGAAUAUGCCCUUCUAGCUGGAGUCAAUGAUUCAGUUGAGAACGCUUUGGAACUCGCAGAGCUACUACGUGAAUGGGGCAAAACUUAUCACGUAAACUUGAUACCUUACAACCCCAUAGAAGGGUCAGAGUACAAGCGACCUUACAGGAAAGCAGUUCAAGCGUUUGCGGCUGCAUUGGAGUCUCGUAAGAUAACAGCAAGCGUGAGGCAAACAAGAGGGCUUGAUGCGAGUGCUGCUUGUGGUCAGCUGAGGAAUAAGUUCCAGAAAAGCCCUUUACUCGCUGAGACGGAUGGUCAAGAGUCUAAGCCAGAUGCAGAAGCUGUUUCCUGUUAGUGUCCUGGUUUGGACAAAUCUCCGGUUUGAAGAGGAGACUUGGUUCAAGUCAAACUUUGCCUUUUGGUUGGUCAGUGCACUGAGGUGAAGGCACUGAAAGUACGUUCGAGAAGUGAGGUCUUGGCUUUAUAGAUUAGGCUUUUAUGUCUAUGAUGUAUACUCCAGUGUACGAGUGAGCAAACUUAACUAAAAUCCAUAAAUUUUAAAAAAUUUAAGAGGCUUAACUGAAUUAUCAAAGCAAAAUUUCC